UCUUCCUCCAGUUAGGAUCCUUGAUGCCGGAGGGGCUAGUGGUAGGUGGGGAGGUUGAGUGCAAAGGGUUCAGGCUGUAAGUCAUGUCGGGUUGGAAUGGGGGCACAGGCAGGUGGGGCUGUUGGGGAGCCACGCUCAGAAGCCGGGUGUCUGUAGCAGAGCCAGAGAACCGGGACCGUGAAGCGGGUGCUGAAGGGGGCGACUCUCAGGGAUCGGGCCAGGGUCCCCGAAGGUGGGAUCGACUAGGGUAGGAGACAGAAAAAAAAGGAGAGCAGCGGGUGAGGGCGAAAGCAGGGCCGGGGAGAGAGCACUUUGGACAGAACCCGGCCGGGAAAGGGCGGCGCCGAGGCUGGUCAGGGGCGCCCCGCAGCGUCCCAGGCGCACCUGUUGGGAAGAAGGGAAGGGGCAUCCCGGUGUUCGAGGGAAAUCCAGUCCGGAGGGGCUGAUUCGGAGCUUGGGACUCCCGGGGAGCCACCGCCUCCUCCCCAGCGGCGGUCAAAACCGGGCAAGCGAAGGGGCGUGACCCUGGUGCUCAGGUUUCUUCCUCCUCACCUGGGCAAGGAGGGGUGGGGGCCACGACUUCCGGUUCAGGGUCGCCGAGAGCGCCGGAGGGAACCGCCUGGCCUUCGGGGACCGCUUUUGUCUGGAACCACCCUCCCGGCGGAUCCUAUUCCCUCUGCUGCGAGGCCUUCGCUUCACUGGAGGGGUCGAUUUGUGUGUACUUCGGUGACAAGAUUUGCAUUCACCUGACCCAAACUCUUUUUGUCUCUUUGGGUGACCGGAAAACUCUACCUCAAGUUUUCUUUCGUGGGGCUGCCCCCCAAGUGUCGUUUGUUUUACUGUAGGGUCUCCCGCCCGGCGCCCCCAGUGUUUUCUGAGGGCGGAAAUGGCCAAUUCGGGCCUGCAGUUGCUGGGCUUCUCCAUGGCCCUGCUGGGCUGGGUGGGUCUGGUGGCCUGCACCGCCAUCCCGCAGUGGCAGAUGAGCUCCUAUGCGGGCGACAACAUCAUCACGGCCCAGGCCAUGUACAAGGGGCUGUGGAUGGACUGCGUCACGCAGAGCACGGGGAUGAUGAGCUGCAAAAUGUACGACUCGGUGCUCGCCCUGCCCGCGGCUCUGCAGGCCACUCGAGCCCUAAUGGUGGUCUCCCUGGUGCUGGGCUUCCUGGCCAUGUUUGUGGCCACGAUGGGCAUGAAGUGCACACGCUGUGGGGGAGACGACAAAGUGAAGAAGGCCCGUAUAGCCAUGGGUGGAGGCAUAAUUUUCAUCGUGGCAGGUCUUGCCGCCUUGAUAGCUUGCUCCUGGUAUGGCCAUCAGAUUGUCACAGACUUUUAUAACCCCUUGAUCCCUACCAACAUGAAGUAUGAGUUUGGUCCUGCCAUCUUUAUUGGCUGGGCAGGGUCUGCCCUAGUCAUCCUGGGAGGUGCACUGCUCUCCUGUUCCUGUCCUAGGAAUGAGAGCAAGGCUGGGUACCAUGCACCCCGCUCUUACCCUAAGUCCAACUCUUCCAAGGAGUAUGUGUGACCUGGAAUCUCCUGGCCCCAGCCUGAAAGGCUGUGGGCGUGUCUAGAUGCCUGAAAGGGCCUGGGGCUGAGCUCAGCCUGUGGGCAGGGUGCCGGACAAAGGCCUCCUGGUCACUCUGUCCCUGCACUCCAUGUAUAGUCCUCUUGGGUGGGGGGUGGGGGGUGUUGGUGGGAGAGACAAAAAGAGGGAGUGUGUGCUUUUUGUACAGUAAUAAAAAGUAAGUUUUGGGAAGCAG